AUGGAGAAAAUAAGAAACAAACAAAAACAGUGUGGAAAACACAAAAGCACAGCAAAACCCAGAUUUCAUGAUGGGACCAACUGCUUUACCCAUAAAGCCUGUCAGGCAAAUGUAUUGAGAGGUUGUAUUUCAUUCUUACAAAUUUGUCCAAUUAAUAAACAAAUUGUUUUAUAUUUUGUUUCAGAAGAUCCAAAUCUUUCGGUGCAGCCCUCAAACAGCCCAGCAAAACCCCAAAUCCCAACGGAAUCACCAAACGCCACAGAGAGUCACAGUGUUAUUCAUCAUGACACCACCUUUACCACCACAGUCAGAACUUCCACUAGCUUUUCAUCCUACGAGGGAGAAACCUCCGAGUCGUCUCUGGGAGGCAGGAACGGCAUGGCACUGACCUCACAGGGAAUAGUACAAAACAUCUCACAAUGCUGUAUAUUUGAGAACUCUACGCUUUCACCAGGAAAUAACCAGACCUCGCAUGAAAAAGCCAUCUCAGUGGGGCAAAAGGUGGGGAUCAGCUUUGUGGUGGUCUUCAUGAUCUGUGGGAUAGUCGUCAUCGGUAUCUUCCUACUAUAUCGAAGGAAAAACAUGACCCCAGCAUCGACUAGGCAUGAAUUGGAACCAAUGAACAACCCAGCUUAACUUUAGUACUGGUAUCCAGAGAUGUGGAGCAGCAACAGUGUUACUGGAGGAAUUGUCCUAAUGCAGAAGAGUAGAAUGCUACCAAUGUGAUGAGUUUAUAAACUAAUGCUUUGAAGCUUCAAAUUUAACACUUGUCAUUGCAAUAUUUAUUUUUAUUUUACUGUAUAACUAUGUUUCUGAGCGCGAAUCAAAGUUAUUUGAACGAGAACACCAGGGACCUCAUUUAUAAAAGUUUGUGCAGAAUUCUCACUAAAACUACAUAAACCCAGCCCAGAAAAUUAUCUUAUGCAAAGAAAUAUGCAGACCUAUAAAACACUACUCAUGCACAGCUGCACAUUUCCACUUUAUAAAUCACACAGAUCCUAGACAUGUGCUUGGGUGUCCUACACACCCAUGUUCUGCUAUAAAUGGUUGUGCAGCACCAGGCUAAAGACCAAAGGUGACAGAUCAUUUGCUGCUGUGACCCCCAGACUCUGGAACUCUCUCCCUCUGAGCCUGAGAUCAGUGGACUCAGUGGUCUCCUUUUAAAAGCAGCUGCAAACUCACCUGUUCAGGCUGGUUCUUGUGUGACCUUCAUCACCCUCUCCUUGUUCUGCUCUCCCUACCUAUUCCACCUUCCUCAGGAUCCACUGAUUUCCAUCUUUCCUAUUCACUCUCUCUCUCUUUCUUUACAUUUUAAAUCACAAUAGUCAAUUUUUUGCUCAUUUUAAAUAUAUUUUUAAUCAUUUUCUAAUUCCCGGCCUGGGAUCUUUCUGCAUGGAGUUUGCAUGUUCUCCCUGUGCAUGCGUGGGUUCUCUCCGGGUACUCCGACUUCCUCCCGCAGUCCAAAAACAUGACUGUUAGGUUGAUUGGUCUGUCUAAAUUAUCCUUAAGUGUGUGUGUGUGUGUGCAUGGUUGUUUGUCCUGUGUGUCUCUGUGUUGCCUUGCGUUGGACUGGCUCUCUGUCCAGGGUGUACCCCGCCUACUUGCCCGUUGACUGCUGGAAAUAGGCACCAGCCCCCCCCCCCCCC